CUAGGAAGAGAGAUGGCUGUGCUGAAUGCACGCAGUGUCCUGGUGACUGGGUCCAAUCGGGGUAUUGGCUUGGAGCUGGUCAAACAGCUGGUUGGGAAAAGUAACCGGCCAGAAUGGAUCUUUGCCACCUGCCGGGACCCAGAGGGACCACGUGCCCAGGAAUUGAAGAAUUUGGCUGCUAAGCACCAGGGAGUAGAGAUUCUUGCACUGGAUACUUCCGAGCCAUCUAGUGUCAAGGCUGCUGCAACCCGAGUCACAGAGUGGUUGAAGGGAGCUGGGCUCAAUCUUCUGAUAAACAAUGCUGGGAUUUUAAAGCUAAGCACUCUGGAAACAGAGACACCAGACAGUAUGGCUGAGGUAUACAAAACCAAUGUGAUUGGCAGCAUGUUGGUGACUCAGGCAUUCCUGCCCUUGCUGAAGAAGGCAUCUCAGGAAAGCACCCAGAAAGGAAUGAGCUGCAGCAAAGCUGCCAUUAUCAAUGUAUCCAGUGAAGCCGGUUCCAUUAAAAAUGUCCUUGUAUGGAAUGAAGGGCAAAUCAUUGGUUACCGUUGUAGCAAGGCUGCUCUGAACAUGCUCACCCGGUGCCAGUCCCUGGGAUAUGCCAAAGACAACAUCCUGUGCAUUACAUUGCAUCCUGGGUGGUUACAGACAGACAUGGGAAAUAAAUUGGGGCAGCCCCCACUGACUGUGGACCGCAGUGUGCAAGAAAUCCUGAACACCAUUCCCUCUCUCUCUGAGAAAGACCAUGGCACAUUUGUGAACUUGGAUGGGAAAGUCCUUCCCUGGUAAAACACCAAACAAUCUGCUUGUCUGCACUGCAGAAGGAACCCCUCACUACCACAGGCAACACAAACACCUGAGAAGAUAUGCCUUUUUUCUACUUCUUUAAAAAAAUACAUCUUCAGCUGAAACUCUCACCAUCUAACCUUCCUUUGAACUAUUCUGUGUAAUGAGGUUAAUUCCUAGUGGCUUUUGCAGUCUCACUUGCUUGUAUUUCUUUUUAACAGUGCAAGUCAUCAAUUAACUCAUUUAUUCACACUUUCAAGAUAUAGGCAUCAAGGGUGCUAGUUAGCCUCCACUGCACACAUGUUAUGGAUGCUUCCAGAUGUAGGUGACCUAGCAACAGCCAGUGGUUGCUGUUCUGCUUCAAGCAAAAAGCAGAAUAACAACUAUUCACUGAGAUUGCUGGAAUCCAAAUAACAUUGUUUGGCUGAGUAGAUAGUCUCCUUUCUCCCAGCCUCAAAUGUUUGGAAAGGGUUAUUUUGGUGGACUAUGGCAUGUGGAGGCUAAACCAGUCAAUGGGGCAGUCUUCCUCUUCCCCCCACCAAAGCAUUUGAAGGGUCACAGCUAGAGAUUUGCUAUAUCUAAUGCAUAUAUUUGGAGAAGCGCUGUAACAGCUCAGCGGCAGAGCCUCUGCUUUGCAUGCGGAAGGUUCUGUGGUCAACCCUGAUUCCUCCAAGAAUAUAGAAUCAUAGGAAUGUCCCUUGUUUGAAAAUCCAGAGAGCCUCUGCCAGUCAGUGUGGACAAUACUCAGCAUGAUGGACCAAUGGUCUGACACAGUAUACCGCAGCUUCCUUCCUAUGUUCCUCCCUCAGGGGCUGGCCCAACCGUUUGGCAGAGGGAGGCAGCAAGUAAACAAAGCUAUGUGAGCAAUUAAAAUCAUCAAAAUGAAUGCAAGGAAGAAAUAAUUCAAGUAGGCUAACUGUUUAAGUAUGAAAUGGUUGAUUGCAGUAAUAAAUGAUUUUUUGAAUAUUGGAUAAUUUUUAAAUUUUAGUAACGGUAAAAAACAUGAUUGGAACUUACUAUGAUUUGCAAUUUCCUAAUAUU